GUCAUCUAAUUUUUGUAUCUCCUACACCAUUUCCGUUCUGCAGACCCUGCAGGGUGCUGAGGAAACCCCGUAGAGACUGUCCAACUUGCGUGUCCCGCUGUCGUACGCGUGUCCGGUCGCGACGAGGAAUGUUGUCUCGCGCGGGCACGUCCGCGCAACUACAACCAAAAAUGACGCGACCACUACUGUUUGGGCUUGCUCUGCUUGCCAUUCUGUCCAAUGCGGCAGCGGGAAAGAGCGUGCUUAUGCUUCUGCAAAAUGCCAACACGGCCGAGCGCUUCACUAGCUUUGUUGACGGCCUGUCGGCAGCAGGGUUCACUGUCGACAUCAAGGGGUACAAGGACUCUGGUCUGAAGCUCCGGGAGUAUGGGACCUGGCUCUACGAUCACCUCAUUCUGUUCGCGCCCAAAGCGGAAGGCUUCGGCGGCAGCAUCGACCAGCAGACCAUCCUCGACUUUGUGGACUCUGGCCACAAUGUGCUGCUGGGCGUCAACUCUGACGUUUCGGAAACCAUGCGCAGCCUGGCUGCCGAGUUUGGUGUGGACCUGGACGACCGUGGCACCAAGGUGUAUGACCACUUCCAGUCUGCCACCCUCGACGGCAAGGAGGACCCCACGCUCAUUGCCGCGUCCGACCUGGUUGACGCUCCUGUGAUUGUCGGGGGGCCUUACAAGGAGCCCAUCCUGUUCCGCGGUGUUGCGGCGGUGGUCAGCCCCGACUCAGAACUGGCUACGGUGGUGCUGUCCGCCCCCGCCACCGCCUACAGCCACGACCCCAAGAAGUCCAUGCUGGAGCCGCCCUCGCUCAUGGCGGGAGCCGCGGCCUCGCUCAUUACCGCCGUGCAGGCCCGUAACAACGCGCGCAUGGUGGUGUCGGGCUCUGUUGAGAUGUUCUCCAACAGCUUCCUGGCGGCCACCGUGACCGCGGGCGGCAAGAGCACCGCCACCGCCAACAAGGACUUUGUCAACACCCUGACGCGCUGGACCUUCCAGGACCGCGGCGUGCUGGUGGCGUCCAACAUGCGCCACCACCUGCUGGGUAGCGAGGACCAGCCCUGGGGCUACCGCGUCAACGACGACGUGGAAUUCCUCGUUGAUGUGAUGGAGGUGGAGGGCGGCGAGUCCAAGCCCUACAAGGCCGACGACGUGCAGGUGGAGUUCAUCAUGCUCAACCCCUACGUCCGCCAGCCGCUGGCGCACGACGGCGCCGGUACCUUCUCGCUGCGAUUCAAGGUGCCCGACGUGUACGGCGUGUUCAAGUACGUCGUCGACUACUCGCACCGCGGCUACUCCUACAUCAAGCUGACGCACCAGGUGCCUGUGCGCCCCUUCAAGCACAAUGAGUACGAGCGCUUCCUGGUGUGCGCCUACCCCUACUACGCCUCCGCGCUGUCCAUGAUGGCCGGAUUCUUCGUGCUGGGCUUCUAUUUCCUUUACACCAAGUAACCGGCGGUGUUUUGGAGCAUAACCUGCCUUUGACGUGUUGCCAUGUGGCCGCAUGUCGGCUGCAAAAAAUAGGAAGUAGAUGGGCGCAACAGGUGGCACAGGAGGUUCGGGGGACAGCAGGCACGAGGCGGAACGGGUGGUUGGGUUAGAAGGGUGAAGGCGAGGCGGACGAGAUGCCGGUAGCAUGUAGACUGAUGGGAGCACGUCAACGAGGUGCCGUUGUGCCAUCGUGCGAGCUUAGCUGCGUGGGCAAGGCUCGGGAUAACUAGAAGGCGGGAACCGAACCCAAUGAGAGAGGCUGGGUCGGUGCUCUUGUAAUUCCUCGAUCCA